UGGAUUAGUAGAGGCAGGCGGUUUUACGAAAGGGUCUACACAGCAUGCACUGUUUGCCAUACCUUAGCAGGUCUCUGCAGGUCCUUUACCCCUGACAUGGGAACAGAAGCAGACCUCACACUCCCACAGAUGACAACAUUCCCUUGGAGCCAGGAAAUUCCCUGAUGGCGCUCACAAAAAAACGGGACCAAAAUAUGACAAGAGACCGGAUCAAUAAAGAGACAGGAGAGCUGAGUGCUUCAGGAGAGCUGAAUGUCUCUGUGGAGCUGAAGACAGAGAAGGUGGAGGGCUGCGGUGGGAACCCAGAACUCCUGCAAGUGCUCCGAAAGCAAAUACUCGAGCUGGGAAUUCACACAUACUUGAGCAGUGAUGACAGAAUUUCUUUGGAGCAACGAGAGGAGCCUCUAUAUACAGUCCUGCCCCUCUACAUACAGGUUUGUGAGGAUGGUGGCAGAUUAGAAGGUGUGGACAUUAAGGGGCUUGCAGCUCUCACUGCUGACACCGUUGUCCAUAAUAUCCACAGCAGAGUGGAAGGACGGCCCGCAGAGAAGGCCCGUGAAGAGGUGGUCCAGUUCUUUAAGAGGCCAGAUAACGACACAAGUUGUGAUGCAGCCACAGGUUCUGGAUGGCUGCUGUUAAAGUCUCUGUUACUGUUCACAUCUAACACUUCGGAUGUGUUGUCUUGUACACACUCAGGACUUCCUGCUGCUUUGGUGAAAUGUCUCUACCUCCUGGUGUGUCUCCCAUCUACAGCAGAAAACACGACCACAGAGCAGACUUUUCAGGAGCCUCUAACACAGAUUUUCCUCCAUCUCUGCAAACAACCAGCUAAUGUGGAGAUGCUUGUGGAGUCUCAGGAACUGCAGUGUCUUAUCAUCGGACUCACAUCACUCUGGGAUCAGACCAGCACCAGCUGGAGACAUCAGGCCUCACGCAUCCUCAAAGCAGUCUCUGCUGUACCAACAAGCAAAACUGUUCCAAGUCUGUUAGGCAAAAACUGUGUGAGAAUCUGCAUCCAGAACCUGCUGCAUAUCAGUGCCAAUGUAUCAGGAUCCCUGCUAGCUGAGGUGGCUGUGGCUGUUUUUAGCUUCAUAAGAGACACUUAUGACCUCAGUCCAGCGCUCUUCAUAGAGUUUGACACAAACAAUGGCUAUUUGGCCCUUGAGAACAUCCUGAAACGCUGUGAAGACGGCGUGCCCUUGGAUCAGUUUCAGCCUGUGGAGGAACUGUUGAAUCUUAUCGCGUCCUUCACCUUUUUUGGAAAGUCUGAGCUGAAAGUGGCUGUGUGUGUCACCGCUCCUCAGCCUGCAGGCUUUAAGUUUGACCCGCCUCUCACCAAAGGUUUAACGGUGAAGAACCUUCCUGCCUUCCACCUGCUGCAGGCGUCUUUGCUACGUUCCAAGGAUUGUCUCCUGUGCUGCCAGCUUGUUCAAACCCUUCAGAGAAUAUGGGAGAAGGACCCAGUUAAUUUCUUCCUCUUGGAGUGGACUGUCCAGUCGAUGACGCAGCUAGCUACCUGUGUGUGGAGUAAACCRGCACCUGUUCACAAACUCUUCUUUUCGUUGCUAGAGAUGGUUUUAUUCAAGUUCAACUACAUCCCCCAUGAGACCUUGCAUGCUCUUCUGGUUGUACUGAAGCAGAGCUGGGCUGGGACUUUGGCUGGUGGAGUCGUUGUGAUAGAAUUUAGUGUGGUGGCUCUCCAGGUUUUUUACAAGAUGAUUGUGCACAGUGCCAUGCUAGCAGAGGUGCUAAGUGACUGCAGGUUACAAGAACUGCUGCUCGGGGAACUUCGCAGAAGAGCAAAGAUCCUGAGGAAGGCUGGUGUUUCAGCUUCCUCUAAACUAAAUCCCCAGCAGCUUCCAUGUGUGGAGGACAGCGAGAAGCUGCUCACUACUUGCAUGCUUCAAGUUGUUUCAGCCUUUACUUUACGUUCUAUCAAAAAUACUGUUUCGGUGCGAGAUCUCGGUAUGAUUCCCUACGUAAAGAUCUUCUUGGAUGACGAUCAGUAUCGAGGUCCCACGCUCUGCAUUUUGGAGCAGCUAGCUGAAAUUAACCCGGAUGAAUUCAUGAGCACAGCUAUCGGAGCCCUCUGCUCCUCCACGCAGCAGGAGCUCAGUUUGAAGCAGGAUCUUUUGCAGUCGGUGCUCAGGGUCCUGGAGAGCCCCAACAGUUGGGAAGCCUUCAGGAAAGCAGGAGGCUUCACUGGACUACUGUCUCUUGUUGUGGACAUGGAAGGAGCUUUGUCUGAGCCUCCGAACGGGGAGGUGUGGAAGACUUUAGGACAUCAGCAGCUGCUGGAACUCCUCCUCCUCGCGUUGCACAUCCUGGCUUUGGCCGUGCACCUUCACGACGUUAACGCGUACCAUUUUCAGGCUGACGGCUUCUACGAAAGGUUGGCAGACGCGCUGCUCCAACUGGGCUGCUUCCACAAUGAAGACUUCGAGAGUGAGAAAUGGGAUGGAGGGAAGUGCUUCUGUCCCAGGACGGCAGAGGAAAACCAGGCCUCUAGAAAGAGCUUUUUCCAGUUUGUUGAGUCGGCAGAAGCCACCAGUUGCUCUACCUCACUGUGGCCAAAUUUGCCAGUCACCCUUCGGACAUGUAUAAGACUGCUCUCCUACCUUGACCACUUCGCCACAGGGACCUACUCCCCUCAUGGUUUACAAUCUGGGCAAGAGCCUGGCAAUGAGUGUGAUGAAGAUAAAGAGAAACUACAUGGGCGGACCAGGAAUGAAAGGGUGAAUUCAGGACAGUCUCUUGGGCUGUCAGGAUCAGGCCUGCAGCCUAAUGAGGAAAAAAUCUCGGCACCCAGUAGUCCCACAAUCAGCAUAGAGUCUCAGUACAGGAUCUCAUCUGAUCAGAUUAUUUUUCAUCCAGGAGCAAUUCGAGUUAUUAUGACUCUCCUUCCACACGUGUUCAGUCCUGAAGACCCACAGCUCUCAAUGGAGAUCCAGGUCUCAGUAGUGUACCACAUCCAGGCCAUGAUCAAAUCUGAGCGAAACCGCCAGAUAAUGUGUGAGGGAGGACUGGUCUCCACACUGCUGACUCGCUGUCGGAGCGUGUUGCUAUCACCAAACCACCCGUUACAUUUACCUGUAACAAGAAUUUUGGAGAAGCUCUCCUCCCUGGCCAUCUCACAUUUUGACUUCAGAAAGUUCCUGUGUUUAGGGGAUCCUCUCUUGUGCUUGGGGGAUAAAACAAUCAAGGAAGUGCAACCAGAAUGUAACCCAGAAGCCAGUAMACCCGAUUCAAAUGAUGAGAGCACAAAGGCAAAUGCCRAUUCUUCAAGAAAAACACUGAAACGGACUUUCAGCUUGUUGCAACCUACAACCUCUUUAGGUUCUGCAAUUCCAGUCCACCAGAUUGUCAGUCUGGUGUCCAUGACAGCGCCACGCACAUUCAGGCCACACCGAGUCUCCUCCUCACCUCCAUUUGUGGAGUUUGACAUGAGUGAAAGUGGAUAUGGCUGCCUUUUCUUGCCUUCUUUGGCCACAGUUAAAGGAGUGACUGCUGAUUCAAUCUCAACCGGUGGAAUUGGAGGAGAAUGCAGAGGUUUUCCACCCCCAGCCGGCCUCUCAUUUUCCUUCUGGUUCCAAAUCAGCAAGUUCAGCUCAGCCUGUGAAUCCCACCCAAUCCGUCUGUUGACGGUCGUACGCCACAUGUCCCGAACCGAACAACCGUWCGUCUGUUUGUCUAUGUCCUUCUCAGCCUAUGAUGGCUGUCUUGUCAUCUCUACAGAGGAAGAAGCAUUCUCAUAUCUUGAUAUGAUGGAUCCUGAAGUCUCCACUCCAACGUCUUUGUCUGCGUCUUUAAGGCUUCGCUGCUCCAGCUUGCUGGUCCCUGGCCAGUGGCAUCAUUUGACCGUCGUCAUGACCAAAGAUGUAAAGAAAAGCUGUCUGACCACAGCCUACUUCAAUGGCAAGGCAGUGGGAACAGGAAAAAUGAAGUAUAUUCAGCCGUUUCCGGGUCAGUGUGUCUCCAUGGACCCAUCGACCGUGAUCGAUGUGUAUGGGCUGAUAGGGACGCCGGCUCUGUGGAAGGAGCAUGCUGCUCUAGUGUGGAGAGCAGGCCCCUGUUACCUCUUUGAAGAGGCUUUGAGCUCCGAAGCUGUGGCUCUUAUUUACACACAAGGCACCUCAUACAUAGGCAACUUCCUGGCCCUGCGCAACACUGAUCCUGAUCCAAAUGCUGAGCCKGUCCUACUCAGACUGGUUCCCGAAGAGAGGAUCACAUUCGGCAUCAACCCUGCAGUUUCUUCCAUAACAACUGUGUUACAGAUCAGAGAGGAUUACAAUGAGGUGGAUUGCAGACUGAUUGCAAAAGAGAUGGCGAUAGCAUCUCGGGAUGACUGCACGCCCGUUUUUCUUGCUCAAAACAUCAGUCAGCACCUGAGUGGCACAGCUCGUAGCAUUGGAGCUGCCCUGAUUGGACAUUUUGGCAUGCGAACAUUCAUUCCAAGGCCUGCUUCCAAUGGUUUUUUGUAUGUUGGUGGGCCAGCAGUUGUUCUCAGUCUGAUUGCGAUGGCACCAGAUGACAGCGCUUUGUAURCGUCUGUUAAAGUUCUUCUCUCCGUGUUGGAGACCAACUCUGCAAUGCAGCAGGAAAUGAAUCGCAUCAAUGGAUAUAAGCUGCUAGCUUUCCUACUGAAGAUGAAGAGUAGUCUUGUCAGCCAUCGAACUCUGCAGCUGGUUCUGAACCUCUCAAGUUCGGUAGAGAAUAGCUAUGACUCUGGUUGUUUACAGAACACCCCUGCUUUCCAAGCACUGCUUUGUGACCUGGAGGUGUGGAAAAACACAUCAGACAAUCUGGACCUCUCAGUUCUGAGCCACUUUGCGGAAAACUUGAAAUCCUCAAGUGACAGCAGGAAUGCGAUGGUCAUGCAUAGUGUGGGUCUCCUACCAAAGCUGCUGUUUGAGUUGUCUGAGCCUGCUGUGACCGUUCAGAAGGUUGACAUGAUCUCUUGCAUCAUCACAUCCCUCCUGAAGGCUCACUUAAACCCUGUGGACAUAAGCAGGCUGGGACUUUUCUUGGUCUACACACUCCCUCCCUUGAGCUACAAGUCUGAAAGCAGUGAGAUAUCUGAUGGGGAAUUUUCACACAAUAUGUCAGCUAAGAGUUUGGGUCCAGCCAGUCUUAUCUGGAUCCGCAACAAGUUGCUAUCUGUGUUGUGUGAAAUUCUCACUUCAGACAGCCUCCCAGAUCAGCAGAAGGCCAUAUUCGAAUCUCUUGGCAGUGAUUGGUUCCUGCUCUUUCUUCAGGCCCACCUCCACUGUUCCACUUUGAAACUGGGCCUUGUUCUGCUCACACAGUUUCUGCUGAGUCCAAAUCAACAGAGCAGCUUCAGAGAAGGGGUGAUUCCUGGAACACUUGUAGAGAGCAUUGAGGAGCCAUUUGCUAUCAUGGACAACCUUCGAGCCUGUUCUUGGUCUCAGGAGUGUCUCAGCACGUCGUGUCCAGGAUUUGAUGUCCUCCAGGAGCUGUUAAUUAAACACACUCACCUACCUGAGGUGUAUGAAGCUCUAGCUGCUCUUCUGCUGGGAAAAACGGUUGGUCAGACUGCAGAGGGAAUGGUUCCUUUGGAUGAUGUCCUACAGUCGCUGAUCGACAGCCAAUCAGAAGCUCCUGCUCCUCAGCUUUGUGUUGAAGCUGCUACAAUAAUCCUGGAAAUGGUCAAAGUCGUCAUCACUCAGCCUUUUUCUUCAGCUAACAUGUCAGGCCCUGAUGUAUCCUGGGAUUCGAAGCUCCCAGCAAGUGUGAUGCAGUUCUUCUGUCUCCUCCACAACCUCCGGCCAAGGGACCCACUCUGGGCAUUGCCCAUGUUUCUGCAUUCACUCGCCGGUGUUGUGUUUCCUGUAGAGGUUUCUGAGGAUAUUGGUAAGUUCAGCAAAAUGAGUGAAAGUGAAGACACGUCCAGCAGUCAGUCAACAAGGAAACCAGUGCUCGACUUCAUGCAGAUUUUGUUAAUGGACAGUCUUCUUAAUGUGUCUGCAAGCACUAACCCACAUCCUAUGGUUCUGCUGAUGGAGUUUUGUCCUGAUGGAUCAUCUCUGGAACAGAGGAAGACUUUUCAGACCGAGUUAGUGGAGCUGAUUAUGAACAUCAUUCACAUACUCGGCAACCAGGACAACAACACCCAUCUCAAUUCACAAGACUGCACAAAUCAGAGACCUGAUGGACAGACGGGCACACUGAUGGCAAAUGUGGUGCUUUUCUGUAAGACUUUGCUGCAGAAGCUAUACGAUGGAUCAUUCGUAGGAGACUCUAAAGUUUUCCUCGAGUUCUUUUCAGAUCAGAUUAUGAUGGCUCUGGAGAAAGGUCAAACUCAGAAAGAGAAGACUGUGUCUGCCCUCUACUCAUGCGCCAAUAAAGUCUUGCUUUAUUUCCUGUCUCAACCGCGACAUUCUCAAGAAGAAAAGGCUGGAGUCAUCGGGGUGCUGCAAACCUUCAUGGAGCACUGGGAUGUUCUCAUGGCAACUUACAACGCAAACGUGAACUUUAUUACUUGCCUUCUUCAUUGUCUAUUACUAAUUCGCUCUGGCAGCUAUCUUGAAGGUUUUGGAUGCAUGGCAAAGAAAGGGUACAACAGGAAGAAUUCAUCAAGCCCCUUACCCACAAGACAUCCUUCAUGCCUCGACAACGAAGCAGACAUGGCAGAUGAUAAACAACUAGUGUCCUUAGCAGAAGCCUGUUGGUCAAAGUUAAUGUUAGAAAGGCAACACAUGCUUGAAGAAACCUAUAAAAUGGAGAUCUUAGUGAGCCAUACAGCUGAGACAAAGCCUGCUGGCAUGACUGACAUCAGCCCUCUGUGGGAGGAGAUGGCAAACAAAACAUGGCUGCUAUACACAGAGUCUGAAAAGAAGAAAGUGACCAGCAGGUCUCAGAGGACCUUGUUUAUGAUUAGCAGUGCUCUUCGCUCUGUGCUGGGCAAAGAUCAAGAGUCAUUAAAAGCMGAGGAGUUUCUGUCUUACGUCGAGUCACAUCGGCAGAGAGGCCACAGCAUGUUUGAGAAUAUGAGGACAAAUCACUUGCAGUUGCAAACCACUGAGUGGGAGCGUGUGAGUUCCCAGUGGCUAAACGUCGAGGCCGAGCUGCUGAGGGAGAGAGCCGUGUUUGGUCCUGGCCCAGGGGUGCUGCUGAGCCAAAACUGGGUGCAAGACUCUGCCGAAGGACCCAAUCGAACCAAACUACGCAUUCGCAGAAAAGCGCUGAGGCAUUCCAAAUCGGUUCUGGGAAUGCUGUGUCUGGGUUUAAAAUCUGAAACAAACAAUAUUAAAACAGACGGAGAAGCUGAGUCGAAGCUUUUGUGCGAAGUUAGUGGCGAGGUUAAAGAGGAUGGAGGCGAGGGAGGACAGAGCUGUGACCGUCUGACGUUCUUUCCUGUUCUGAACGAGGCACCAUCAGUCACUGAGGGCCUGCCUGACUCUUUCACCCCCGAGCUCUGCUCACACACACAGGACUGUCCCGACAUGCGCAUCAUUCUGCAGGAGCUACUCCCUGGAGAGAAGGUAAAGGCAAAGAUGUGUGUGGUGGUGGUGAGUGGCCUCAGAGUGACUGAAGGUUUGCUGCUGUUUGGGGUGGAGAGUCUGCUCCUGUGUGAGGGCUACACACUCAGUUCGACUGGAGAUGUUUGUUGCAGGAGACACCACCCAAGCAGUAUACGAGAUUCCUUUAUUUCCAACAUGCUGAAUAAAGAGCUGCCAUCAGCUACUUGCAGAUGCUGGCUCUAUGAGGAUAUUAAGGAGGCUCGCUUUAUGAGAUUUCUUUUAGAGAACAAUGCUAUUGAGAUCUUCAUGAAAAAUGGGCACUCAGCAUUCUUGGUAUUCCCAAAUAAGGACCACGUCUCAGCAUAUAAAAGAUUAAGCAGUGUUGUACCAGCAUUAAAGGGCAGAGCAGUCUCUGAAGUCAUUGCUAAUGCCAAAAAGACCCCUGUGGUUGACAAAACAGCCCUUGCUAAAUGGCAGAAAGGAGAGAUGAGUAAUUUUGAGUACUUGAUGCAUCUGAACACCAUUGCUGGAAGGACAUACAAUGAUUUGAUGCAGUACCCAGUCUUCCCCUGGGUUCUUGCUGACUAUCAGUCAGAGAUGCUUGAUUUGUCAAACCCCUCAACUUUUCGUGAUUUGUCCAAGCCGAUGGGAGCUCAGUCAGAAAAAAGGAAACAGAUGUUCAUUCAGAGAUAUGAAGACAUGGAGAACAAUGAGGAAGAAGACUUGUCUGCACUUUGUCACUACUGUACCCACUACUCAUCAGCCAUCAUUGUGGCUUCCUUCCUUGUCAGGAUGGAGCCAUUUUCACACACUUUCCAGACACUCCAGGGGGGGUUUGACAUCCCUGAACGGAUGUUUUACAGCAUUAAGAAGGAGUGGGACUCGUCCUCCCGAGACAACAUGGGAGACGUCAGAGAACUGAUCCCGGAGUUCUUCUACCUGCCCGACUUCCUGCUCAACUCUAACAACAUUCAGCUCGGUUUCAUGGAGGACGGUACAGCUCUGGGAGACGUCGAGCUGCCUCCAUGGGCGAAAGGUGACCCCCAGGAGUUCAUUAGAAUCCAUCGAGAGGUCCUGGAAAGUGACUAUGUGAGUUCUAACCUCCACCUGUGGAUCGACCUCAUCUUUGGGUACAAGCAGCAAAGUCAGGCAGCUGUGGACAGCUUGAAUACGUUUCACCCCUACUUCUAUGCCCAGAAUUGGCAACAAGGUGCAAAAGACCCCAUAAUCAAGAGCACAAUCUUAGGAUACGUUAGCAACUUUGGCCAGAUUCCUAAACAGCUCUUCACGAAGCCUCAUCCACCUCGCAGUGGCUCUAAGAAAGAAAGCUCUUCACCAUCCCAUCCWGUUCCAUUUUUUUUCAAACUGGACAAAUUAAAGGCUUCCGCACAGCCAUUCAGAGAACUGCCAAGAGGUCCGGUCGGUCAAAUACUGUGUCUGGAAAAAGAAGUUGUGGUCCUCGAGAAAAACCGGUUACUCGUGUCGCCACUGUUUGGCUGCUUCUUCAGCUGGGGGUUUCCAGACAACAGYUGUGUCUUUGGAAACUAUUCCACAGAAAAGAACAUUGCAGUGAGUGAGAGUUUAAGUGAGUGGGGUGAGACUUUGUGCGCCGCUUGCCCCAACCCAACAACUGUCAUCACUGCGGGAACCAGCACCGUAGUUUGUGUUUGGGACGUGGCGGUCARCAAGGACAAACUCUCUCACAUGAAACUCAAACAGCCUUUAUAUGGUCACACAGACGCAGUGACGUGCCUGGCUGUGUCCGAGGUCCACAGUUUGAUCGUGAGYGGCUCUCGCGACCUCACCUGCAUCUUGUGGGAUUUAGAGGAGCUGAGUUACGUCACUCAGUUGGCAGGACACACAACCAGCAUCUCUGCACUGGCUAUCAAUGAGCUCACUGGUGAGAUUGCAUCAUGUGCAGGACCUCUGCUGUACCUGUGGACCAUGAAGGGCCAGCUCUUGACUUGUACUGAUACUUCUUGCGGGCCCCAGGCCRGCAUCCUGUGUGUCAGCUUCACACAGCGACAUGAGUGGGAUGCCAGGAAUGUUAUCGUCACCGGCUGCGCUGAUGGGUUUAUACGGAUAUGGAGGACAGAGUACACCAGAACACAAUUACCUGGCCCUCCAGAAGAGCCCGUGUCCCCAGGGCAAGACCAAAUACAGCGAGACGUGAGCGGCUCGUGUCAGAGGAACCGCUGGAGGAGACGUCUGAUGUUGUGUCAGGAGCUGAGCCGAGGCCGGAGCUCGUCGCAGCGCCGACACAAAACCAGGCCGGCYGUCACCUCCCUGGGCAUGUCCAGGACUCAUGCAACGCUGCUGGCCGGUGACGCCUGGGGUCGAGUUUUCACCUGGACUUGUGACUGAACGGUGGUUAUGUUUAGAAGAAAAAAAAACCUAAUUAAUGUCUCAGGUCUGACAAUGGAAACAGAAAUAGCUGCUUCUUUAUUUUUAUUAUUUUCUUUUACAAUUAAUGAAGUAACAGCACAAUCAGGUUUCAGAUUUAGUGGAACAUUUAGCUGUUUUGUGCAUAUUUUUUCUAUUUUUCUGUGUGUAAAUAUUGAAUUUAGUUAAAAUAUUCUUUCACUCAAAUUCUUCUGUGUUUCACUGAUAGGAAAAAACUAAAUUGGUUGGUAGUUUAUUUCAUUCAGCUGGAGUUUUUUUUAAAGUGAAAUACUGACUACAAUUAUGGUCCUGCUGAAUGAAUUCAAAUGAGUUAUUUAAAAAAAACAAUAAAAUUAAGUGUUGCMGUUACAACAGAGCAAACCAAGAUUCAUAAUGGAAGCCUAUAAAUGAAUUUGGCAGCUUUAAACCGAAAGGGACAGGAAUUAUGUGAAUCCUGAGCAGGAGCAUGUAUGCAAUGUUGUCUUMAUUAAUUAUAAAUAAAUAAUAUUUUAGCCAGUGAUGUAAAAUAUCAGGAGCUGCAUAUGGAAUAUGCACAAGUUAGUGUUUUAAACUGUAAGGAGACCAUGUGUUUCCUUUGCUAAAUGUUUGUGGUACUGCCCCGACUGUUUGUGUGUUGGACCUUUUCUGGCUCUUUUUUCCACAUUGUGUUCCURAUUUUCUUUUGAAUGUGGUAUUUAAGAGUAUUUGACUUGGCGUUUCCUUUUUUAGCCUUGUAUAUACAAAUGAUUAUAUUCUAAUAAACAAGAAAGCCAUGCUGAAGGAUGGAGA